GUUUGGUCGGAUUCGGACAAGCUUCGUUUCCUAGGUUAUCUUAAAACACAGUCGUUUUCGGUAGAAAAAAGGAACAUUAGAUCGGAAUUUCACGAGAGGAACAUUCUCUCUCGGCUCCGGAAACGCAUCCGAUCUCUCUCUGUCUCUCUCCCUCUCCGUUGCAUCGACCAAUCUCAUUCAUAAACCUACCAAAGAAACAACCUCUCAUUAUCCAGCAUGUUCAAAAAGUUUUCAUUGGAGGAGAUUUCAUCACAGAACCAAGUAAAGGCAUCUGUUCAACGCAGGAUUCGCCAGAGUAUUCAAGAGGAGUACCCGGGGCUUGAGACAGUGUUGGAGGAUCUACUUCCCAAAAAGUCUCCUCUCAUUGUAGUGAAGUGCCCAAACCAUCUGACCCUAGUUGUUGUCAACAAUGUCCCUCUCUUCUUCUGUAUCCGUGAUGGGCCAUACAUGCCUACUCUGCGUCUUCUUCAUCAAUACCCAAGUAUAAUGAAGAGGUUUCAAGUUGAUAGAGGUGCCAUAAAGUUUGUUUUCUCUGGUGCAAACAUAAUGUGUCCUGGUCUUACAUCCCCUGGGGGAGUUCUGGAUGAAGAAGUUGAGGCUGAAAGGCCAGUGGCUAUAUAUGCAGAAGGAAAGCAACAUGCCUUAGCAAUUGGCUUCACCAAAAUGUCAGCCAAAGACAUUAAGAGCAUCAACAAAGGAAUCGGAGUUGACAACAUGCAUUACCUCAACGACGGUCUCUGGAAGAUGGAACAACUAGAUUGAGGAACGAAGUCAAACGUCAUGUGUGAAUCACUGUGGAAGAGAUCUCCUUUUUAUGUUUCUCUAAACUUAUGGAGCUUUUGUCCGGAUCUCAACCUUAGCAUCUGUUUUCAAAUAUUCGAUGUUUUGUUUCUACGAGAGAGCAUCAACCUUAGCUAAAGGUUAAACAGUUUCCAAACAUUUUGCUAGCUCCGUAUAACCAUGGCUUUAAUUACGCCUUUAAACA